AUGUCUAUUGGUGGGAGCCAUCUGACUCUGCCUGGGAACCAUCUGCAUAGGUCUCUGAUAAUUGAACUUGUUGAACCUGCCAUACUCAACUGGUCUCUGCUGUUUAUCUUAUGUGGUAAACUUCAUUGGCAUUUGUUGUUUCACUUACUUCAAUUUGAUGUCGAGUGCAGGGAUGUAAGGAAUAAUGAACUUAUUGGUUCAAUUCCCGAAUCUUUUUCCUCGCUUCCUUAUUUAACAAAAUUGUAUUUUGGAUGCAACCUUCAACUCAGCAACGCUCUUCCUUCUGGAUUAUUGAACCACCCAAAUCUUACCUCAGACCUUGGAAUCUGUGUUGAAGGAGGUUCUUCACUUUCAGUGCAACAAAUUAUCAUAUUUGGUGUCACAGGGGGCUGCCUCCUAUUUGCAGUUGCUGCCGGCAUCAUCUUCAUGUACAACAAACGAAGAUUGAUGGGUCGGGGAAGAUUAGAUCGAGGAAAAAGCCUGAAGACAAAAAAUCAAAUAUUUUCUCUGCCCAGCUCGGAAGAAUUUUCUCCGACAUCUACAUCUAUACAGACUUUCACUCUGAAAUGCAUUAAAACUUCCACCAGUAACUACAAAACCUUAAUAGGUGGAGGAGGUUUCGGAUCUGUUUAUUAUGGUAUUCUACCUGAUGGUCAAGAAGUGGCUGUGAAGGUUCGCUCAGCAUCCUCAACUCAGGGGUGUGGUGAAUUUGACAAUGAGUUAAAACUUCUCUCUGCUAUUCAGCAUGAGAAUUUGGUUCCGCUUCUGGGCUACUGUUCUGAAAGUGACCAACUGAUUCUUGUUUAUUCCUUCAUGUCCAAUGGCUCUUUACAUGAUAACCUCUACGGGGAAACAGCAAAACAAAAAACACUUGACUGGCCAACAAGACUGUCCAUUGCACUUGGUACUGCUCGAGGUCUAGUGUAUCUGCACACGUUUUCUGGCCGCUAUGUUGUACAUGGGGAUGUAAAGUCAAGCAACAUUCUUUUGGAUCAUAAUAUGUGUGCCAAGUUGGCGGACUUUGGCUUUUCAGAAUGUGCCCCUCAAGAAGGGCAUAAUGGAACUCCUUUGGAAGUAAGAGGGACAGCUGGAUACAUGGACCCAGAGUGCUAUAAAGCACAGACAGCUCAGUUCUCAGCAAACAUUGACGUCUUCAGUUUUGGUGUGGUGCUUCUAGAAAUUUUAACUGGCCGGGAGCCUCUCAAUACAGAACGGCCACAUAAUGAGUGGAGCUUAGUUGAAUGGGCCAAAUCAUUCAUCAUGUAUUCAAGAAUUGAAGAUAUUGUAGAUCCAGCCAUAAAAGCAGGAUAUCAUGCAGAGUCUAUGUGGAAAGUGAUUGAGGUAGCAUUGGCAUGCACCGAGUCCCACUCGGCCUACCGACCAUGCAUGGCAGAUGUUGUCCGAGAACUGGAGGAUGCCCUAAUUAUGGAGAAGAAUACAUCUGAAAACUUGAAAUCCACCAACUUAGGAGGUUCUAAUCGUUUCCAUAUAGAGAAGAUAUGAUUCUUUCCACCACUCUCACUCCCAACAGAACGUCUGCCCAUCUCUCAGGCCUUGGCUUCUCCACAACCAAGAUAGGUGGUGAGAAGACUUACAGAUUGAUAUAUGGAUGUCCAGAUUAAGCAUUUUGCCAAUAUGAGCUGGUGAGUUCUAUCUCAUUUGAAGUUUUAAAAUAAGCAAAAAUAUGUACAGCUCCAAAGGCCACUGAAAAGGAUGAAACUUCACUUUUAUGUUCUUGACGCUUGAGCUAAUGCAAACAGCAGAAAAAUUGAGAUUUCA